AUGCGAGACCUGUUUGUUAUACUAUUUGCAUCGUCUAUUGUCAUAGCAUGCAUAUUAGCCCUGAACAUUGCCACCUCUGAUAAGAAAACAAAACACAGACAAGAGUACAGAAUAGGAAUUACUGGUGCACUGCUAUUUAUGUUUAUAUCAUGGCUUGUGGUAUACAUUGCAAACAUUCAUCCGUUUGUAAAUCCUGAGUUCAAGAAAGAAAAACGGCCUGAUUUUUAUAGAUAA